GUUUCCGAUGAGGUUUCCUGUGAAUGUGUGUUACUUUGGAAAAGCUACAAAGUAUCAGAGCAAGUUCAGAAGACGGUUUGGCCCCGAAGAUAUAUCCGGUCGGGUUCAGUGGAAGCCAACAGAAUUCAGAAAAGAUAGAAAUGUAAUGAUGACACCUCACACAAGUCACAGUAUCAGUUGAUCCAAACUCUUUAAGAUUCUUGCAAGAAUCCAGCCUUUGAUCUGAUUGGCUGGAGCCCCCUGUUACCAUGGCAACAAACGCGCCAUCGCAGGACACUGAGGGAGAGAACUACGACACCAUCCCAGCACGUCACCUUGGCGUACAGACGCGUAAGAAGCUCGCGUUGUGGCUCAACCCGCCUCGUGUUGGUGGUACGAACUGGGAAGAGCUUGCGGAUGAGAUGGGGUUCGAGUACAUCGAAAUUGAGAACUUCAAGAUGAAGGAUAGUCCGAUGUACGAAGUUCUGCAUGUCUGGUCACUAAAGGAGAAUGCGACCAUAGGACACCUUAUUGAGAUGCUGAAGAGUAUAGAGAGAUUUGAUGUACUAGAGGAGAUACAAUCUUCACUAGCAAAAGACAUCAGUAAGUACAGAGAAAGGUCGUCAUCACCCAUGCCAGUGCAGGUUCCCGACGUCAGCCCCUCUAACUACCCCAACCUGCCGACCACCUCCGAGUUACACGGCAUCACGCUGCAGGACGAUCCUGAGGGAGUUCACAAAGAACUGUUUGACGCGUAUGUCUGCUACUGUAAGCAGGACCGAGACUUCGUCCUCAAGAUGGUGGAGAGACUAGAGAGAGAGCAAGCCGGGCCCGGCGGCCGUCGCCUCAAGUUGUGCAUGGACGAUCGUGACCUUAUUCCUGGCACGGCGUACCUUCCGGUCACCGCAGAACUCAUAGAAAACAGAUGUAAGCGUAUGGUGGUGGUGCUGUCCCCUGAGUUCCUCACCAGUCCAGAGUGUGACUUCCAAACAAAAUAUGCCAUGAGUCUGUCUCCAGGAGCAAAGAAGCAGCGACUGAUUCCAGUUAUGUACAAACAGAUCGAAGUUCCGCAGUUGUUACGCUUCGUCACUGUCAUCGACUACGUGAAGGAAGAGCUCAAAAGCUGGUUCUGGGUUCGAUUGGCAAAGGCCCUCUCUCGCCCGUGAAACAAAACAUCGAAUUUUGCUUAACUAUUUUCCUAUCAACCAGCACAAAGGAAUCACUCACUAUGCAAAUUUUAUUAGCCUCCGUUGCAGUCUUCAAUGGAGCUGAUUUUGAUUGGGGGGGGGGGGGGCAUUGCUUCACAAUUUUCAGCAUUGGCUAUGUUCUCUCAUGCCAGGAAGGGGAGUUUGCAGAGAAAGGAAGUUUUCCAUGGAAGGUAGUUUCCCCUGCCUCGAGAUGAGGCAAAGUCUUUUUUGGCUAGGAUCAUUCAAUUGACUCACCCGUGAAACAAAACUAUCAAACAGCACAAAAAACAUAACUCACUAAUAUAUGCAAAUUUUUGGCAGAAAGUUUGUCAGCUAUUCGGGCAAAAUACAUUCCAGAAAUUGUAAUGCCAUGAAUGGGUCAAUGGUAGGGGUGGGUACCGGUACAGAAAAUUCAGGUCUAGGUACAGUCCAGGUCCGGAUGAUCAAGUCUAGGUCUGGACCUGAACCUGGACCUAAUUGUUUCUGAAUGGGCAAUACACAAAACAAUAGUCUAUUUUGCUACAAAGUAAUCUGUAUCCUAUCUUCACGUAAACAACUCUAACUGCCUCUGACCAAGUUUGACUGUUACAGUAGUAGAAACUUGAUAAAAUGACUAUCAACCCUGCUCUUUAUCGCUCUUGGUAUUCACUUACAAAUGAACCUCAAAACACGUGAAUUCCUGCCGCCGUAGUGCCAGUAUAAUCUUUUCAUUUUCUAAUCGGUCCAACGUCCAGUCUACUGAAUUUUUUCAGGUCAGGUUUUUCCGGACCGGUCCAACAAGAAAAAAGUUUUUUACCCACCCCUUGUCAACGGUGCUUGGAUGUUUGUAAUGUCCUUCGUCUUGGUUCAGAAAUUCACACUUGAUGCCAUACAGGGUUUUGUAAAGAGGGGAAGAGAAAUGAAAUGUAUCAGGAAAUGGUAUUUUUAACAUCAUAUUUUAAUCAUACAGGUAUACAUUGUACAAGGACAAGGAUAUUGAAAACUGACUAAACAUUCUUAGAAAAACUGUUCAGGGCCAUAGUCUGUUAACACUGUAAAUUGCAGGGAGUCUGUUUUAAAUUUCAUCAGCCAGAUGUCAGCUCUCAAGUUUUUGUCAAGAUCAGUCGAUUAACUGGAAACACAACAUUUUUUUAAUGAUGCCUCGUGUUAACUUCAGUGCUUAACAAUUGUAUACUGAUAUACUUGGUGGAACCAAUACUGGUACAUUUUGUACAGUACCAGGUGUAGGUAACUAUUUGUUGUAUCAUAUAAAGGUGGUAACUACUGAGAUUCACAUGUGAAAAUAACAUUCCAUGAUUUUUGUACUUUCUAUUUACAAUGGUUUUUUGGAACAAAAUGUAGAAAAUGUAAAUUAGGUAAAAGAAUUAGGUACUAGUAAAUUGGUGGUAAAUAACAAUUGUAUGAUACUAGUAUAUUGUAAGAACACAAAAUCUACUUAUCAAACCAGUGAAUCAUUCCCAAAUUUCUAUCAUCUGACAUGCUAUAUUGUGAAAUAUCUCACUAUGGACUAUAAGAGGUUGUAUUAUAAGGAUAUAUGGUAUUGACUGAAUUGUGAAAGGUGAUUUUAAGAAGAUGUGAGUAAAAAAAAAAAGAAUUUGCUGUUCAGUAUUUUUUUACCAAACAAGUCGAUCAAGUUCAAGAUG